AUGGGGGACGCAGGCCAUAGCGUCCACCUCCUGGCCGCGCAGCUCGAUACGAUCCAGCGCAAGUACGCGUACCAGGUCCACGAGACGCAGCGCCUCGAGCUUCAGGCGCAGAGCGCACACGCUCAGCUGGCGCAGCAGACCGUCCUCCAGGACGCACUCGCGACCACCGUCGUCGUCUUGCUGCAGCACUUGCGCCGGCCGAGCCUCGUCCCCGCCGUGCGCGCACUGCUCGAGCAGUACGUUGGAGCUGCCGCCAGUAUCGUUCUGCGCGUCGACAGCGCCAGCCACUGCUUUCUGACUGCGACCUCGUCCAUACCGCUUCGCGGCCUCGCGUGGCGUGCCAUCUCGGAGCAAUCCGCACUCUGCUUGUCGCUCGACGAGCUCUCUCAAGACAACGACUACUGCGCCGAGGUCGACAUCCCGCUCUUGCCAGAGUACACGGCGGAGCUUGCACUGCUCGUGCUGCCGAUCUACCCACGUACGACCGAGGUGCUACCGACAGCGGUUCUUGAAGUUCUCUUGUCGCGCCACGACUACAUUACCCACGCAUGGAAGGGGUCGUACCUUGACACCUUGGCGAUCCUCCUUGGGCCCUGCAUCGAAGUGUCUGCAUCGGCGUCCACAACCAACGCUGAACACGCCAAGGACAUUACGCACCUCCACGAUGGCAUCGGCCGCCUCCUCCAGGCAACGAGUGCAGUUGAGCUGACGGAGGCGUUGACCCAGUGGCUCGAAAGUGUCGAUGCACUUGGAAAAAAACAGCGCUGGAUCCAAGUGGGCCUCUACAAGCUCGAGCGCGACAUGGACACGAUCGUGGCGCUCGCUUCGUCGUCGUCCUCCAACGACCUGCCCAUCGAGAUGGAGGUCAUGUCAGCGACGUUGACAGCGCUCAAACUUCGCCCGGUUCUAAACACGACGCGCAAGUACCUUCUCUUGCCCCUUCGCCUCGCCGAGGAGACGUAUGGUGUCGCAGUGCACGGAGCGGUCGUGGCCGAGGACCUCGCUCGGCUCGAACGUCUCGUACCGUCCCUGCUGCAGUGCUUGCAGACCAUACAGAUCCUCGAAUUGACCUCGACACUCGAGACAGGAUUGCUGCAGCUGCUGCUGCGCUCGUCGACAGACGCUCUCGCGCAUGCUUUGCGCAGCUUUCUUGGAGGUAUGACACGCGACAACGGCGUGUGCUUCCUCUUGCGCUUGCCCCACGACCCACCUAUCACAUCCACCGACCACCACGCACGCAAGGCGUACGAGCAGCUCGCCCACGCUAUCGCAGCCAAGACCGUCGUCGUCGACCAGGAUGACGAUGUCCAGUACAUUACAAAGGCAUUUGCAGUGUCCCUCGAGACCAAAGGGGCGUUUGGCGUCGCCAUCCAGCGAUCGGCGCCCCGGGGCGCGUGGAAACUGCUUGUGCAGGCGUGCUGCACAGCGCUUGCUCUCACGUUCCAAUGCGACGCCAUCCAAUGCACUUACACCACUGCGCAGCGAGAGCACGCGGAGGUGACGAUGACACGCACCCGCGAUGCGACCCAGGUGGCCUUUCUCUCGAGCCUGUUGCAAUUGGACUCGGCAGCGCGCCCCGAGAUUACGGCGGCGGUCGAUGCCUUUUUCCGCGCGCACUUUAACGUACCCCGGGCGACGCUCUUCUGGCCAUGCGAGAAUGGCUUGCAGACAUGGGUCGCGCACCAACAGAUCCACGUGACGUCGGGCGUCCCGCUCGUGUGCGCCAUGUCCCAUGCCCUCACGCACGGAUCGCCAGCGCACCCAGCGUACGACGCGACAUUUGAUCGGCGCGCGGGAGUCGAGCCCAUGGCUGUCGUAUGCUUUCCAUUGACGCCGAUCGCGGGCUGCCUUGAAGUCGCCAUCGAUCACGCAGUCGCUGAUAUGGAGCUCUGCGUCGAGCUGCUCGUUGCGUGGCUGCCCCGCGCGAUGGCUCGCAUCGACGCCAGCACGGAGCUGGCCUCCGAACGGACGCGGCUGCAAGCGCGGUGGGACCGGCAUGUGGAGAUGUUGGCGCAAACGCAUGGCACGUGGGAUGCACUCGAGGCGAAUGUGACGUCUGCCCCCGAUCUUAUGCAGCGUGUGCAUGCCAUUGUGCCAGCCACGACGCUGGCAACCACCGCGGAUUUGUUUGUGCUGGCUGAGGAUGGCCAGCUCUGGACGAUGCGUCGAGGAGACCGCGUCGUCGCUGUUCUGGACGAAGAGCCAUUCUUCACCCAAGCACUCGAGAUGAAGAAGGCGUCGACGGGAACGUCAACCUUAGGGGCGUGGCUCUCGCCCGUCUUGAGUCGUCUGUAUCAAAGCGCGGCGACGACUCUCUAUGUGGUGCCGGUCGCUUCCAACGGCACCGUGCAGGGUCUCGUCGCCUUUGGUCGGCUCGAGGUGUUGGACGACGCAACGACGCAUCUCCUCCAGUCGUUGUCACUCUACAUCUCGAGUCUGCUCACGCGCUGUCUCGAGCAAGAUGCGUGGACGGCACGCGUCGAGAACGCCCAAGCGCUUGCCGUCUGGGCCCACGAGCAGCUGCGCGAGCUCACGACGCACCAGGUCGAGACGGAAGUCCGCUUGCUGGAGCAACGCCUCGUGGCGGCGCUCGCGACCUGCGCCGUCGACAAGAUCUCGGCCACCGCGCUGGCCAAGCGCAUUGAAGACGCAGUUCUUGCCGAGUGCACACCUUGGCUCUACUCGCACGCGUACUACCUCGCUCUCGACGGCACGCAAUCCGUGCUGACCAACCCCCGCUUGUCGAUGGACGUGGCAAUCGCCACUGGUAUGGUGGGCCAUGCCUGCCAGACCGGUAGUGUGGUGACCACGGGCUCGUAUCCUGCGAGUGUGGGCGUCACCACGGCGUUUCCGAUCGAGAAGGCGCAGUUUGCUUCCGACAUUCGCUUGGAAUCGAUGUGCGCAUCGCCUGCAUUCGACGCCCACGGGAGACUCCUAGGCGUCCUCGUCUUCAUCGCUGUCAGCGCCGCCAAAGGCCAGCGGCAUCGACAGCCGUUCGAGUGUCGCGUGCUACCGUCGCUGCAACGCGCACUGGCGCAGCUAUAUCAGCGCUGGCAACAAACAAAUGGACUCUACCACCGCCUGGAGCAGCUGCAGGACGCCAAUACCAAGGUGAAAGACACGGCAGCGAUCGCCGCGAGCUCCGUCACGACGUACGCCAAGCAGCUCGACUGCGUCACGCAGUGUCUGGCGCUGGUUCAUACCGUCUUGUCUGCGUCUGCGGAGGCCGCACCUUCGCUGGUGGAGAAAGCGACUCAAAGCCUCUUGGACCUGGGGUAUGUGCAGUGGCAUGACGCGAGUGCGCUUGCAGCUGGCGCGGUAUGUCGGUCGCAGGCCGAAGCCAAGCACGUCGCAGCCGUCUACGCACAGACGCAAUCGAGGAUCGAGACGCCUGCCUCCCGCAUCAAAGAAGAUAUAAAUGUCCUCUGCGUGCCGAUCUACAACCCUCAUGAGCCGCGCCGGCUUCUCGGUAUCCUCUACGGCACCCAAGAUUCAUCAUCAUCAUCGUCGUCGACGCACGCGACGGACCGACGCUGGGUGCUCUUGGCGUGUACAAUCGCGCUCAGUGUGAAUGACACGCGCGGGGCCCACGCCAGCAACGCGGCAACGCAGGAUCGCGCGUUAGCCGAGUACGCGGCGACCGCCACGUCGCUUCAGACACAGCUACGAUCAACGCAAGGCGCCAUGGCCUUUCUCCAGAAUGGCUACGAGUGCAUGCACGCGCUGAGUCGCACGGAGACGAUCUUUAGCGCUGUGCGGCAGCUGCUGCCGCGACUGCUGCAGACGACCGGCGCGGUGGUUUUGUACGUGGCCGACCACACACGACGGGUGCUCUGGAGCCUCGAGCCAAAAGUCGAGGUCGCGUUCGGGGACGGACCAGUCGGGUCGUGCCUCUUUACACAUGAGCCGUCGACGUUGGAUCGACAUCCUGGCAAUCUGCAGAACCUCCACGACAUGUACCUGCCAUUGUGGCAUCAGGACAAGACGCCACGUACGCUUCUCGGCGUCUUGGAGGUGCAGUGUCGAGAUGCCAUGCCGGCGGCCGACUACCUCGCAUUGCGGCAGCGCGUGCUCGUGCUGCUGGAGGAGCUGCAUCUGGCGAGCCAUAUCGACCACGCCCUCGCACGCAUCGCGACGAAAGAGGCGCUCGUUCAGCAAACCAAAACCGCCGACCAAUUCCAUGCGUCGCAAGCGGUGGACUCUGCGAAGAAGCGUCAGCUGGAAUUGGCGACAGCAGCGACGAUGGCAGCAAAUCGGGUCAUUGCGCACAUCCAGCAAUGGCCUACGAAGCGGGACUUCUGGGGCCAUGCGCUCGAGAGCAUCGAGGAAAACUUGGGGCAGCUGCCAAGUGCCCACGAAGCGCACGUCUACGUGGCCAUUCCCAAGGAAGAUCGGCUUCAGCGCCGCCGUACCGUCUUGGUGCCAAGUCACGACAGCAAAGCGAUGGCAAUGGUGCAGCUUCUUCUCGACGAGGACCGCGCCGCCGACGGUCUCGCCUUCAAGCUCGUCAAGCAAAGACCGUCCUCCUCGGCAAUAUCCACGGACUUGGAGGCGGCGAUCGCCACCGUCUUUCCAGCGUGGUCUGUGACGCUCAGCGAGUCGACGCAUCUAUGGUGCUGUCUCCGCGUCAAGCUCACGGAAGAUUGCAUCGUGCUCCUCGUCGUUAUCAUCGAGCACCCGACCGAGGCGUAUCAGUACUGGCCAUGGCUGCGGCUGCUUGGCAGCCUCGCGUGCCAGCUCGUGGCCCACACCCUUGCGAUUGAAAGCCUCGGUGAAAAGUACAGCCAGCAAAAAAUGCACUUUUUAUCGGAUGCGAACGGCGUUGGUAUGGACCUGCUUCGGCUGACGCGCGCGACCGAGUCGGCGACGUCACGCGCAGCGUUUGCUCAAAUGGUUGCCGGUCAUGUCAAGGUCAUGCUUCACGCUGCUCGCGUCGAGUUGCAGUGGCGGACGACGACCACAGAGGACGCCGAGGAAGCCGCCGGGAUCGCUGCCCAUGCCACGUUCGUCCGGCGGUCUGAGAGGAGCGUCUCGAUCGUCCUUCGAUCUCCAGACGACGUUCUUGUGGGUCUUUUGGACAUUGACGCGUUUGACACGUCGUUGGCCAAGACGACAGGUCUCUGGGACCAGCUGGCGUUCGUGAUGGGGCUUGCGUACAAGCAGUGGACGCUGCAGCACGCCCUUCAGGAUGCCGAGCACGCGACCUUGGCCAAGAACGACGCCUACCAAGCGCUGGAAGCGGCACACGCCGAAUUGACAAGUGCGCUGCGCUCCCACUCGCUCGAUCGUGAGCACGAGACCCGUGUCGUGACCCACGGCUUGCAAGAGCUUCUCAAGCUGCUCCAGGCUUCGCCCAGCGACUGGUCGACUGACAAACUGUGCAAAGCCAUCGGUGCGCUGCCAACGAUCCAGAUGGUGCGAUUGUUUCGCGCGGACGCUAACCACUUGGAGCUUCUCGCGGUUGUUGGGGCGUCGAGAGGCCCGGUGACGACCUAUCUCGGACACCUCGGUGUCGCCGGGCUUGCUUUGCAGUCCGAGACGCCCGUCGUGCUGGCUGCCCACGAGCUCGCGGCCAGUCCGUACCAUGCCGACGUUGAUGGCUUUCUGGAUGUGGACGCUCCCCACCAAAUGCUACUCAGUGUCGCGGCGAAACCAGCGUCGAUGGAUGUUUUGCCAAUGAUUUUAGUAGUCCAUGCGACCACAGGACCAGCUACGUCGGCCACAGCGCCCAUUUGGACGCUCUUGACGUCGUUGCUCCAAGCCGUUCUGCGCCUUGGAGUGGCGCAGCAAGCCACGGAUGCCCGCGUCGCAGUGCACACCGAGAAGCUCGCGGAUGUCGCCAACGAACGCGACGCGCUGCUCCACCAAGUCCACGAACUGCAAGACCACGUACGCGACCGCGUCCAGCUCCUCGACUUUCAACAGAUUCUACUCUCGCUGCAACCGGAUGCAUUGGCGUCAACGUCGCUCCCCGAACUCUCCAUGAGGACAACGCAGGCGCUGACAACAAUGGUGCCUCAAUCACUCCUGCAGCUCUACUGGUGCACGCGUGAGCAGUUUUUUUGGGUCGACCCACUCGACCAGUCGAUCAAGCAAAUGCCAGCAUCAGCCUUCGUCGACCACGAUACCCAGCGCGCCAUUCUCAGUGGCGCCACCGUGCAGACGUACAAGAGUGCGACGCUUGAACACAAGCUGCUCGUGUCGCUCCAGAGCCCAACGACCAAUUACGUCCUUGGGCUUCUUCAAGCGUCCCGCUACGAAGUCGCCUUCUCGACGUUUGAAGUCGACCUCCUCGCCCAGUUUGCCAAAUUUCUCUGCAGCCAUGUGCAGCGACUUGUCGAAUCCGACAUGGCCAAGGACGCGGCGUCGCGCCGGCAGACAUCACGACUCUCGACGCUUGCGCAGCUCUCGACGGCUGUAACUGCAAGCCUACCAAAGCACCCGCUCUGGGUGCACGACAGCGUCCACGCCUCGUUUUUCGCUCCCGAUGCAGCUGAAAAACCAGCGCUGGUAGCGUGGUUUGAGAGCCAAGUGCGGCUUCAGGCACUCGACACAACCGUCCUAUCGAUUCCGUCCGUGCACGACGACGACCGCUGCCGGCGCGACACUGCUUUCUGGAAGAAGCACGCAACCGAGAGUCUUCUCCUCUUUGAUGUGCGCGUUCAGAAUGAAGUCGGUAGUGUCCUCGUCCAGUCUCCAACACUCAGCUUCUUUGACGAUGUCGCUGACGCCGUCGCACGCGACGAGCUCGCACCCGCCUUGACCAAGGUAUUCGCGGCCGUCCUAUCAACGACCGCACUCACAACGACGUCGACCGCUCAAGAAGCCUUGUACAGCGAGGUGCACACCCAGGUCGACGACCUUGUGGCCAAAUGCGCCGCCAUCUCGGACGAAUCCCGGGCCAUGCAAGCGUGCCUGGGCUACCUCGCGGAGCUCUACGCAGCCGACGACGAAGCGUCCGUGCGCAGCACGGCGCAGGACCACCUUCAAUUGCUCUUUCCGUUGUACGAAGUCGUCAUUUCGAGCGAGAAGAACCGACUCAACGCGCGUUGGUGCAUGCCGUUGGGCCAUACUCUCUGCGUGUGGCUCAGUAAUGGCAGCGACCCAUCAUCGCCGGUGCCGGGGCCGUGGACGCAUGCAAACGAGACGAUUUGGCUCCAGUACACGUCGGCACUGCGCACCGUGCUUCAGCGUGUGCUCACCGCCAAAGCCGAAAAGGAAGCGCAGCUAAAGACGCUUCAUUCGCUGCAGAAGCGAGAGCGCGACGGUAUGCGGGCGCUGCAAGCCGAGCUGGAUGCGAGCCAAGACACGAUCCAGCAGCUCCAGGCGACGAUCGAUGAUCUUGGCGCGCGAGACGCUCAGCACCGCGAGCUCAAGGCUGCUCAAAAGCAGUCCCAUCGGCGGGAAAAGGAGCUCGAGCAACAGCUUGUCCAGCAAGCCAUGGAAAUUCGCGCUUUGCGAAAAGAGGCCAAGCGCCGUAUCGGGUCGAAUGUAGCGGCUAUGAGUCACGCCCGAAUACGCGGUCUCGGUCAAGAGCUCAAGGAACUCGCCACCCUCGAAGCGACCCAAGUUGAGAAGCUCCAGGCCAAGACAAGGCGGUCCUUUGAGACACAAACUUGA